AUGGCCACUCCCAGACGUUUGCCUAGCAAACAUAAUCCUCUCAUGACAGAGGAUAUCCCUCCUUAUCAUGAGCUCGUUUCGCGCCGACGCUUGGGUCAGACCCAAUUGACCGCGAAGAUGGUUGCAGCAGGCACCGCAGGGGAUAUUGACCCUACUAGUCUUGGAGUUUUUGACUAUGCGCAUCUGCGAGCUCCUUUGCCGAAGGGGAUCGUCUCCGGCAUUUUCAAGUCCUCUCCGAACUCUUACUUCUUGAUGCGCCGCAGCCAGGACGGAUUCGUGUCUGCUACUGGUAUGUUCAAGGCGACUUUCCCCUACGCCGAGGCUGUGGAAGAGGAGAUGGAGCGUAGAUAUAUUAAGUCGCUACCUACAACGAGCCACGAGGAGACUGCUGGGAAUGUCUGGAUCCCUCCCGAGCAGGCCUUGGCUCUCGCUGAGGAGUACCGAAUCACGCCUUGGAUCUGUGCGCUCUUAGAUCCGGCCGACAUCGCUAUUACCAAUGCGCCGGACAGUCCUCCUAAGAGAAUUGCCGCACCUCCGAAAUUCGAGGCUCCUUUGCCAACGCAGCCUGUUCUUGCCCCUCCAACCCCGUCAUCGCUUCCUCGUAACACACGAAGCCGUCGCUCAGCUAGCCCUACGAAGAAACGAGCUAUCGCAUCUCCGCGAAAGCGAGCUGCGAGAGCCUCAGCUUCUCGAUCGACUCCCGAGGUUCCACCCGUCAAAGAAGAAGCCGAGCCCGUUAUAAAUGGCGUGAAGACGGACGAGGAGACUGCAUCUACUGCUGCCACCGAAGAGAUAUCCAUCAAGACCAUUGAGAAAGAACCCCCCGUUGUCUUUGCACCAGUUGAAGAAGAACCCAAGGUGCAAAUCAAAGUUGGUCAAGAAGUCGAGUUUCAUGGCAGUGUGGAAACCACCCAAACUGCCGUCGAAGUAGAGAUUCCCGUCAGCGAAGAACCCAAUGCCGAAGAAGCUGCUCGGAUGAUCGAGGAGGCGAAAGAAAUGGUAAGAAUUGCUGCAGCCGAGGCUGCAACAUCGUCUGAAGCGAACAACAAUAAGAGCAAGCGAAAGGCGGACGAGAUUGCCGUGGAUGACGAAGAGGAGCAGGAUGAAGAUGAUGAGGCCGAAGUUUCGGAGGAACCGAGAUCUAAGAAGGUAAAGACAGAGGUACAAUUGAGAAAGGAGCGUGUCAGGAACCGGGCGCUUGUCGGUCUUAGCGCAACCCUCGCAGUUGGUGCCCUGAUCCCAUACGUCAUGGGCGUAUUCUAG